AUGGAAACUUGCGUUAGCUUAGCAAAGUUCACUCGCAACCUUGUUGCCCAAAACCCUGCGAACCAAGUCAGAGCACUCGAAGUUGAGCCGGCGAUUCGGAGCCUUGUUUUCCGUUAUACGACUUAUUCGGCCACCCAGGAUCCUACCUCAUAUCCCAUUACGCGUGUUCUCACUCAGACUUUGUCAAACAUAGUCACGUCAAACGACUAUGUGGCGCAAGCAUUAUGGACGACAUAUCUCAACCUUCCGGAGGAGCAGCUGAUCCUCACCCGGCUGUUUGCCUCUCCUGACGCUCAAACGGUUCUAGUAGCGUUCGUCUUCGUACUCAAUUGCAUUCAUGAAAGCCGCCCAAGAAUAGAACAACUUGCAGGGAGCCCGAGAGGGCCCCGGACCUGUUUUGGGUUCUUGGACCGGAUGGCUUCGCUCUUCGAAGCAGAAGAGUCAAGUGCGGAAGGGCGUGCUUUCGACUUAGGGUAUGAGAUAUUCACCCGUGUAAUAGAAGCAGGACUGGUCCCAACGUUGUACCGCUCAUUGACCGUAGAAGACGAACCUAUCACGCCUCACCAGACUACCCUUCUGAAGAUGGUCGAUUCGUUUCUACAUAAUUCGGAAUCCGCCUAUGAGCUGUCGUCAAGGCGACACGAUCCAGAUGGGCGUUACCUGCUUGACAUGUUGACGGAACGAUUCCUUGCCCUGUCGAGAUAUACGCAAGAUUCCAUACAGCGCGCUCUCGGGGCUUACAUUUUUUUCGUUCACGAGUCUCCUACCCAUUACUCCGCAGACACCCAUUCCAAUGAAUCGGCUCCAUUGCAGGAGCUUGACCUUCUCUUACCCAAAGUCUGUGAAGCAUUGGUACUCGUCACACAAUGCCUGACGACAAUCACGUUGCGGGCUGAGGAGACCGCUACUGCGCGCUCAUUGCCGUCGAGGACUGACGACGAGGUCGCGGCGCAUCUGUCCUCCAAUCCACUAAUAGUAAUCUCGGCCAUGUUCUUGGAUCAUGGUGUUGUCGAUAGCCUGGUUGAGACGCUGCGGCUCGUUGAUACCUUCGUUCCCAGAAUAACAUACGGGAAAGUUGUUCGUAGAACCACUGCGCCGAACCAGCAGGAGUCCCACAGUACGAGCGAGGCCGCAAGUUCAGACGGCACUCGUAGCAUGAGCCCGAACCCUGAGCUCAUCCGUGCAGCGCAAGCAUUCGCCCAUGUAAAGCGCGAUUUAGUACGUCUACUCGGUAUCGUGGCAUCGCAAAACCGGGCUGUUCAAGACCGUGUGCGGGAAUCUGGCGGCCUCCCUGUUGUUAUGAACCUGUGCGUAGUCGACGACUACAACCCUUACCUCAGGGAGCACGCAAUCUUCGCGCUCAGGAAUUUGCUCAGCGGGAAUCCAGAAAGUCAGGCAGUGGUCGAUGCCAUCCAGCCUGUGGGGAAAUGGAAUGAGGACAAGGUUCUGCAAGAGCUUCGAAGCGUCAGGUGA